AUGAGAGCCUCAUCAACCUCAUCAACACCUUCAACGCCUGCCAUAGAAAAGGUUCCAUCGCAGGAUGCUUACUCAACCAUUGAACCAGACCUUCUCAAUAGAAAUGAUUUUGUCUGGACAAACAAGGAAGAACCUCAUCUUAGAAGAAAGUAUGAAAUGCUAAAGAAGUAUCCACAAAUUGAAAAACUGUUCGGCUAUGAUCCAGAAACAAAGUGGCAAUGCAUCUUUUUCGUCCUUCUCCACUUUUUAAUUUGCUACUUGGUUAAGGAUAGAAGUUGGUGGUUGCUGAUUCCGACUGCUUGGCUUAUUGGUGGUGCCUUUGUUCAAUCAAUGACAGUUGCUAUUCAUGAAAUUACACAUGGGAUGUGUUUUGAAAAGUUAGAACACAAUUAUUACUUUGCAAUCUUUUGCAAUUUAUCAAUGGGCAUUCCUUCUGCAAUGACCUUCAAGAGAUAUCAUAGUGAACAUCAUUUGUAUUUGGGUGUGCCUGGUUUGGAUGCUGAUAUCACAACCAAGUAUGAAGGCAGAUAUGUGAGAGGUCCAAUCAUGAAAAUUCUUCACAUUAUCUUUUUGGGUUUGAUUUAUGGUAUCAAACCAUUACUUGUCUCUCCAAAGGUUCCAAACAAGUGGGAAAUUUUGAAUAUUGUUGUAACUUUGACUUUUGAUUCAGUUCUGGUCAUGAUGUGGGGUUAUAGAGCUCUUGUUUAUUGUUUGAUUGCUACUCUCUUUGGUUUGGGUCUUCAUCCAUUGUCUGGUCACUUUAUUUCUGAACAUUGGUUGACUAAGACUGGACAAGAAACAUACUCAUACUAUGGACCUGCUAACUGGUUCAUGUUCAAUGUUGGUUAUCAUAAUGAACAUCACGAUUUCCCAAGAAUUCCAUGUACCAAAUUGCCACUCUUGAGACACAUUGCUCCUGAAUAUUAUGGUUUCGAGGAUGUUAUUGGUAUGAAGAGAGAGGGUGACAACUCAAAUGAUAAGUACUCAUCAGAAGUACAGGAAAUGUAUCACUUGGACUCUUGGUCUGGAGUUUUAUGGAACUAUAUUACUACAGAUGGAUAUAAUCCAUUUGUUAGAAAGGUCAGAACUGUGGAAGAUCACAAGAAGGCAAGAAAGGAUUGGUAUUCUCGCGGUUAUACUGAACAUGCAUGUUCUAACGAAGAAAACCAAAGUUAA